GACGCGCCCCUCAUGAACGUACCCGGGCGUACACACGCCGUCGAGAUAUUCUACACCCCGGAGCCCGAGAAGGACUACUUGGAGGCCGCCAUUCGCACCGUUAUUCAGAUUCAUAUGUGCGAAGAAGGAGAGGGAGAUGUGCUACUGUUCCUCACCGGCCAAGAGGAAAUCGAGGAGUCGUGCAAACGAAUCAAACGCGAAGUCGACAAUUUGGGUCCAGAUGUCGGUGAUCUCAAGUGUAUACCCCUGUACUCGACACUCCCGCCUAACCUCCAGCAGCGUAUCUUCGAGGCGGCGCCGGCUACCAAAGCGAACGGCGCCGUCGGUCGCAAAGUAGUGGUGUCGACGAACAUCGCAGAGACCUCACUGACCAUCGAUGGCGUGGUGUUUGUCAUCGAUCCGGGUUUUGCUAAGCAGAAGGUCUAUAACCCGCGCAUUCGCGUCGAGUCGCUGUUGGUGUCGCCCAUAAGUAAGGCGUCGGCCCAACAGCGCGCCGGGAGGGCCGGGCGUACGCGUCCCGGGAAAUGCUUCCGGUUGUACACCGAAAAGGCCUAUAAGACCGAAAUGCAAGAGAACACGUAUCCGGAGAUAUUGCGCUCCAAUCUGGGAAUGGUUGUCCUCCAGCUCAAGAAGUUGGGUAUCCACGACCUUGUUCACUUUGAUUUCAUGGACCCGCCCGCACCGGAGACACUGAUGCGAGCGCUGGAACUGUUGAACUACUUGAACGCGUUGGACGACGACGGAGAGAUGACAGACUUGGGCUCUAUUAUGGCGGAGUUCCCAUUGGAUCCGCAGUUGUCGAAGAUGUUGACGGCGUCGUGCGAUUACAACUGUUCUAAUGAGAUACUGUCCAUCGCGGCCAUGCUCUCAGUUCCCCAAUGCUUUGUGAGACCCAAUGAGCAGAAGAAGGCGGCGGACGACGCGAAGAUGCGGUUUGCGCACAUCGACGGCGACCACUUGACUCUAUUGAAUGUUUAUCACGCUUUCAAACAGAACCACGACGACCCGAACUGGUGUUACGAGAACUUCAUUAACUUCCGGUCCCUCAAGAGUGCGGAUGACGUGAGGCAGCAGUUGUCGCGAAUUAUGGAUAGAUUUAAUCUGAAGAGAGUGUCGACAGACUUCACGUCCAGAGAAUACUAUAUAAAUAUACGAAAAGCGCUGAUUUCCGGCUAUUUUAUGCAAGUAUGA